GCUCCGCCCGCCCCUCCUCCGCCUGCUCCCUGCCCCGUCCCCGGGCUCUCCCCGGGCGUUCCCUGGGGCUGUGGCACGGCGCUCCGCCGGGAUGCACACAUAGGACCGAGGAAGCUCCAUCUCCGCCAGACACGCGUGGAAACGCGGUGUUUGGCGCUGGCCGGCCCUCCCCCUGCCCCGGGCCUGGCAGCUCCGCUUCCGCCCCGGGCGCGAUGGGCUGGGAUGGACGGGGCCGGGCCGGCGGCUGCCGCGGUCCUGGGGCUGCUGCCAAAGCCGAGCUGCGCGGGGUUGGGCUUGUGCGUGACGGGAACAUCACAACAUCUGAAUUGUGUCUUUCCCUUUGAUAACAGUUUUUGGUAAAAAUAAUUGCACUAGAAUUAAUGGAGCCUGCCCUUCGCUUUGAACAUCAGUGCAUUUUUUUUCAGAAUUGAUGUUAACAGCUUUUUUCUGAGCUUCAGUCCCAGGCUGCUGCCAUUGUCUUGUGCCAAGAAGCCAAUGCAGCCACCCACCCUUGGCAUUCAUCUCUGUGCAGCAGCCGAGGAGCUGAGGCACUAAUACCUUGAGACCUUCAGCUUUAUGCUUUCUUGACUAGCUAAACAGUAGCCCAACUCUACAGGACUUUCAGCGGUGUGAAAUGUAAUCAGAGUGUUAGUGUGUCUUGGUACCAGAAUGAUGACUACUGUAGAAGUUGUCAAGAAGAAGCAGAAUUAUACUAGUGUGCAUGAAGCAGUGAAAGCUGGGGACGUAGAACAGCUUGCAUCUAUGAUAAAACAUGGAGCCAGUAUUAAUGAUGUGGAUGUAGUCCACCAGUUCACACCCUUGCAGUGUGCUGCCCACUCUGGAAGUCUGGAGUGCCUUCACUGGUUGCUCUGGCACGGGGCUGACACCACACGCGUGACAGUCGGAGGCUGGACAGCGGCUCACCUGGCGGCCAUCCGAGGGCAGGAUGCCUGCAUGCAGGCUUUGUUACUGAACGGAGCGGACGCAGCGGCUCAGGACGAGCGCGGGUGCACGGCCUCGCACCUGGCUGCAGCCCACGGGCACUCCUGCAGCCUGCGGGCCCUGCUGCGCGCCGGCGCGGAUGUAAAUGUUUCAGACAGGAAUGACUGGAAACCUGUUCAUUAUGCUGCUUUUCAUGGUCGCUUGGGGUGUUUGCAGCUUCUUGUUCGAUGGGGAGCAUGUGUAGAUGAUGUGGAUAACAAUGGAAACCUUCCAGCACAUCUGGCAGCAGUGGAAGGACACUUGCAUUGCUUUAAGUUCUUGGUCGGGAAAACGGCUGGUGUUACGCACACACUGAAAGCCAGGAAUGACCAUGGAGAGACUCCAAGGGACUUGGCUGAACGGUUCUACAAAGAUAAUAUUCUGCAAUAUAUUGAUGCUGUGGAAAAAGAGGGAGAGCAUCCAGAGACACAGGAAGUUUUAGCUUUCCCAGCUCAUGGUGCUGCUUUCAAAGGAGACUUGUUAGUGCUUAGAAGACUAGUGAGAAGUGGAGUAAUCAAUAUUAACGAGCGGGAUGAUAAGGGAUCCACUCUCCUGCACAAAGCUGCUGAACAGGGGCAUAUCCAUUGCUUACAGUGGUUGGUUGAAAUGGGAGCUGGCUGUGACAUUACAAAUGAUGCUGGAGAGACUCCAAAGGAUGUAGCCAAGAGAUUUGGCCAUUUGGCAGCUGUGGAACUUUUGACACCAAGAACUGGAGACAGUAACUCUAGUGAUGAGGAACUUGAUGCAAACAACAUAAAGUUUUUUGAAACACAUGGUGUGGAAGGGAGUACAGAUAGCAAAGAAGAUUUAACCCUGGAUAAAGCAGAGAAAAGGAAUGCACGCAUAAGGGCCUAUCACAAGAUUAAAGAACUUCAGCGACUUCUAGAAAUUGCCUACAGCAACUACAGACAGCUGGGAGGAAUAACUGAAGAGGAGAGGAAGAUGAAAAAAGAAGAAAAGAAAGUUGAGAAGGCUGUGAGGGAGCUGGAGGCCCAGCUGGAAUACGAGCGGGUCAGGCGGGAGAAGCUGGAGAGCCAGCUGGAUGAGUACCGGGCUGAGAUAAGCCAGCUCCGAGAGAGUCGGGGCAAAACCCGCACGCCCUCUGCUUCCUCUGCGGAAGCUGAGACAAUGGCCGAGUCUUGCAAAGACAAAAAGAAAAUAAAGAAGCAGCCUGCCUGCAGCCCAGGAGGAGGGUUUGUGAGACCACACUGAGGAACGAGUCUCAAAGGAGGGGCAGCAGAUUGUGGAGAGGAAAUUACCUACAAACAGAUGGAAGAACAGUAACAACUCUAGGGCAGAACUUCCUAAACCUCACAGAUUGCUGCAGGUGCGACAGAACAAUUCCAGAAUCCAACAGCUGGUCCUGGAUGCUGCACCCUGCACAGCAGCACAGCUGCAGCACUGAGGUGGAAGGCCCAAUGCAGCAGCCUGAGGAGCCAGGUUUUCAGGGACACAUCCCAACAGCUACACUGGAUACCUGAGAGCACCACAGGCUAUGGGGGCUUUUACUACUGUCACCCAGCUACUGGAAACUGCAUUACAGGAGAGCUGGCUGCACCAGGGCUCACGUUAGACAUUGCAGAUUUCCCACAGAAUGAAAAUGACAAUGAAUUUUACAAUGAACUGUCAAACACAGCAGCAUUCCUGAAGCCUGACGAGUUGUGCUUUAAAUUUGUUACACUGCUGUUUCAAUUAGUGUUAAAGCUAAUUACAUUUCCCUUUGAACUUAUUCUCACUUCCAAAUAUAAAGCAUUACUCUCUUUCUAUCCAGCUCCUACACAAUAAAAACUUCAGUGGUUAUGUAUAUAUUGAGAAGACUAAUCCCAAAUCAGACUGAAAUUUGUUCUGCUUGGCAGGAGAAAGUACAAGUCCUGCCACACUGAAAUUGUGUUUGUGGAGACUCAGUGGGAGGCAGAACUGGUCACUCACACCAGUCCUGAAUUACCCCUUCAGGGUAAUAUAAGUGACCUCAGCAAAACCUCUCUAGCAACUCCAUCACAUCAAUAACUGCUGCAGCAAGCAGGAGUACUGUCAAGCUGGAUAAGGUAUUUAGGCUUUCAAUUUUUUUUAAACCAUGUCCAUAUUCAUCCUAAUCCUAGUUCUGGGCACACUCCUAGUCCUACUGUGGCAUGCUCCCACCUCUUCUCCACCCAAUACCAGUUGUCUGCUGCUACAGCUGACCUCUUUUAGCAUUUACUCCUGAACAGAAUUUUAUACACCCAUGAUCCAGUACCAGUACUCACCUCCUUGCCUAUCACAUACCUGCCAAAUAACGAAUGGUAUCAAGUUUAUUCGAUUCCAUGAGCGUUUUUAAGGAGGCUAUUUCAGUGUCAAUUUUAUUACUGAUUUCUGAGAUAACGCUGUUGGUAUUUGCAUCCUGAAAUAUUGAAAGACAGCAUAUAUUUCACAAUGGUCUCUAGCCCCUUCAACUUUCCAAA